AUGCGGCUGUUGGUCCCUGUUCUUGUCGGCCUUGUGGCCCAGACGGGCCAUGUCCUAGCUGGAAGCCGCGGAUGGCAGCCCGAGGUCUCAAAAUCCAGUCUUGAUCGCCGCUACUAUGUCAUCAACACAGACCGUUCCGAAGGUGACCGGAUGCCGUGGCCAAACCGCCAGAUCCGCUACUGCUUUGUCGACGACGAGGCAGAACGAGCGCUCGACGACUUGAUCGUAGCGGCGCACGACAUCUGGCUGCGCAAGGGCUUGGGAAGCGAAUUCACCAUCUCCAAGGUUGGCAGAGCUGAGUGUACCGGCGACCACAGGUUCGACACCCUCAUGGUCUAUUGGAGCGGCGACAACGGCAUGAUGGCGACCUUUGAGGGUCUGCCGAACGCCGAUUCCAUCAUUCGCAACUCGGAAAAUCCCGAGGUCAGACCCAAGAUGAUCUUGACGACGAGCGUGCGCAUGGGCAUGCUCAACCAGGAGCAGAACUUUGCCCACGAGCUCGGCCACGCCUGGGGUCUGUACCACGAGCACCAGAAUCCGGCCUUCUGGAGCAAGGGGACCAUCAAGAAUGCUCUCGGUGGCACUGUAUUCGGUCCCGAAAACGGCGGCAACUGGCGCUGCGAAAAUCUGAAGGAUUACCAGGACCGUUUGGGCGGCGGUGGUCUGGUGGUGCAGAAUCCGAACAAUUACAACAACGGCGGCUUCGGGCCCCGGAUCGGCGUUGAGGAACUGUGCAGGGACUAUGACUUUGCGCGCAAGGGUCAGUUCAGCGCGAGAGACUACCUCCCCAUGCCGAAGGCCAUGGGUAUCGCCACGUCGUCCGGCAUGGGCGAAGAUGACGUCGACUGGUCGUCUAUCAUGAUCUAUCCCUCGGGCGCCGGUGCCGUGGGCGAGGCUAGCCCGGGCAACGACCAGCGUUCGUAUAUCCUGACAAAGCCCAACGGCGACCCGAUCCCCAUCAAUGAUUCGCCUAGUCAGCGUGAUAUCGCGGCCAUGCACAAGCUCUAUGGGAGGAGCAAGUCUGCUAGGGCCAAGGAUUUGCUGCAAAAGACUGGCGGCACGGUUACCUCCACUUUCAAGAAACUGUUCCCUGAGAGCGCGGGCAAUGCGGAUGGUUCUGGUUGUCUGUAG